AUGACAAACUCCAGGCCCCAGUCAAAAACAACGGUCAAAGCCCGUCUGCCCCCAUCAUUCACCGUGGCCGCGCAAGACAAGUCGUGGACCGCUACUCCAGAGAGUUGGCUCUAUGGAUCGUGGCACAUGACACAUACGUCGCAGCAAUACUACUGGGAGCGCACGAAGAACUUCGUGAUACAAUAUGCGCCCGUCAUGAACGGGGUAUGGCCCUGCACAAACCAGGAGCUGGUGUCCCUCACCCCAAUCAAACAGCCAGAGCGCAUCUACACUGCCUUUGGCAUUGACUCGCCUAUUGCUGGUCUCGACGAUGCAUGGCUCUGUGAAUGUACAGGACAUUUGAGCCACAUAUCAGACCACGUUGCAUUCCUAGCCUGGGGUACCGAUCUGCAGCUGGUAGACUGGGUUGUGCUGUAUUCAGCUCCACUACCAGGAGCUACCGCCGGACUUCCAGCGCAGGUCGCAAUAAUGAGUCGGGCACAUUCCGGUCCGGAUGAAACAACAGUGGGAGCAAUCAAAGAAGCCCUAUGCGAUCUGGGAAAUGAUGAAUUAAUCAAACUCGUGGGUAAUAUGCAGCCUUUGUUGCAGGAAAAUCUCGAAGGUGGACGCCCAACUUGUGAAUAUAAUGUUGUUCAAAACGUGGACUCUUUGACUAGAUUUUGA